CCGCGCGAGCGGGUGUCGCCAGUCGCCUGGAACGUGUCACAGUCGCGCCGCGAGUGUAUCCGCGCGGGCCAGAGCGCGUUAUGGACGUUGCAUGAGCGGGCGCGAGUGCGACCGCUGGAGCCGACGGGCACGCCGGCCGUGGAGCGCUCGCCGUGGGCCCCGGGCGGCGCGGGCAUGCGCUUCGAGGGCGCGGAACGGCGCGACGCCGUUGCCUUCCAUCCGCUGCUGGCGCCGCGCCCGAGCGACUUCUCGGUGUCUGCCCUGCUGACGGCAGGGGCACUGCCGCCGCCACCAUAUCUUCCCGCGGCACUGGCCGCCGCCGCCGCGCUGUCCGGACCUUGUCCGCUGCUCAAGCCGCCGCCGCCGCCAUACGCACCGCUGCCUCCCGACGACGACGGCGUCGUCGACGACCCCAAAGUGACCCUCGAAGGCAAGGACCUCUGGGAGAAGUUUCACAAGCUCGGCACCGAAAUGGUGAUCACCAAAAGUGGCAGACAAAUGUUUCCACAAAUGAAGUUUCGAGUAUCCGGAUUGGAUGCGAAAGCAAAAUAUAUUUUAUUACUGGACAUCGUUGCCGCAGACGACUACCGAUAUAAGUUUCACAACAGUCGGUGGAUGGUUGCCGGGAAAGCGGACCCAGAAAUGCCAAAAAGGAUGUACAUACACCCAGAUUCGCCCUCAACGGGGGAGCAAUGGAUGCAGAAGGUCGUCUCCUUUCACAAAUUGAAGUUGACGAAUAACAUCAGCGACAAGCACGGUUUCGAGCUCAUCUAUAGCCAAAGUCAACGGAUGUUAUCCAAGUUGCUGUGGCCCAAUCCGUCACCUAGUGCGCCCAGAGACCCACACUCAGAUCAUUUGUGUGUUACGCAGACAAUCCUCAACUCAAUGCACAAGUACCAGCCCCGGUUUCACCUAGUGAGGGCCAACGACAUCUUGAAGCUGCCUUACUCCACCUUCAGGACCUAUGUCUUCAAGGAGACUGAGUUCAUCGCGGUCACCGCCUAUCAGAACGAAAAGAUAACACAACUGAAGAUCGACAAUAACCCUUUCGCAAAAGGGUUUAGAGACACUGGUGCGGGGAAAAGAGAAAAGAAUUUGUCUGUGUACCGCAGGCAAGCGUUGUUGACGGCGCGGUCGGACCCCAGAGACGAUGACGAUGAGCGGCCACUGGACGUUGGAGGACCCUCCAGUCCGCCCCCUCCUGCACCUACCACGCAGCAUUCUACCAGCUCAUGGUUCACAUCGAGCGGCGGUGGUGGUGAUUCAGGCCCAGAAGAAGCCGGUUCCGACUCCUCAUGUUCAGGAGGGCCACGAGCGCAGUCUCCUCCACCAGGACCGUCUCGGCCCUCCCCUGCUCCUGACGUCUCCCUCGGUCCACCGAUCCAACCUCCCCUUUUACCAUAUCUAUACCCUCCUUCGUUAUAUCCCCCACCGUUCUUCCCGCCGCAUCAAAUGCCGCCAGGUCUUUUGUUCAACCUUCACCCUCUCCUGCAGCAGUACUCUUUACCGCCUCCCCCCGCUCCUAAUCCCGCGCCGUCCCUGAGCAAAACGCACAGGUUCGCCCCCUACGCUUUACCGGGUCUGGGAUCAGCGUUCGAGCAAGUAGCGCCCCGAGCGAGGAGUUUGUCUUCAUCGCCCGCGCGGCCGCGAGUGGGGUCGCCCCCAGCGCGAGCGGCGUCUGCUGAUCCCCCACCGGAUGCCCCCACGUCCACGACGACCCCUAACACGCCCCCGGCGUCUGACCUUAAGAGCAUCGAGCGUAUGGUGAACGGCCUGGAUGUGGAGACUCAGGACUGACUCGCGACCAAGUCGUGACUGUGUACAUAGAGUGUAUUUAUAUGAUCCCCCAUGGGAUGUCGUUUUGUAUCGUUCCUAUUUUGUUUUUCUGUCGAGCUCUUAUCGGGUCGAUCGAAUGAUGUAAAUAGUUAAGCUUAUACAAUAGCUGGUUUAUUGUGGCUGUAUACACGAUGCUGAGGAACUUUCUUGGAAACAUUCAAAUAUUUACAAACAUUUAUUUCCCUACAGAAUAAAGAAACGGAUUUCUAUUUUAACUUGAUCCCAUUACUUCUUUACCAUUGUGUAUCAACAAGCAUCAUAUUUUUAUUCUCAUCACCGUGUAUACUGCCUGUGAAAGGUCUUAGAUGCUAUGUUCGUCGAUGGACAGUCACGCCUGUACCUUACCCGCAGACCAUCACCUGGAUAAUCAGUCAUAGCUUAGGUUUGCAAUGAAUACAAAGUGUCACUAUUAACAAGUUUUAAAACUUUAUUUUUAACGUAACGUAGCUGGUUCAUAUUAUGUUUUUCAAUCUAACAUUAAAAAAAGUCAUUAAUUACGCACUGAUGUCGUAUCUGUUAGUCUUCUGAACUUCUUUGCAAGAAAUCUCAUUUAUUAGUAGUUAAAAAGAAGAAGUAAGAGUUCUACUUGUCCUACUUCUUGUUCUUUUAUAGUACGGUUGCAGUAUGGGACAUUUUAAUUUAUAUUCAUUGUACUAAUAGCGUAAGUAAGAUGUGUGCCGUGACGUCUUCGAACCGUAGUUGAUCACAUAGAUACAGAAAAUAGUUUUCACUGCAAUAGUUAGUUAAGAAAUAUUUCACGAAAAGACAUCGACAUCUUUUAUUUUGUUUCUCUUUGUAAUUUUAUUUUAUGUUUUAAUCACAUUCAGAUUUUGUUAAAACAAUAUGAAAAUAUUUUAUUGAAUACAUAGUGUUAUUGUAAAGAUGUCGAGGGAUCUUUUCGCUUCGAUUAAUUUCCCCAAGUAGUUUAAAAUCGCUUUAUCGUGUAAAUACAAUUGUAAGCUAUAUUUACGUGUUUAUUAUUAGACAUAUUUUGAAAAUAUGUUUUAUCAAUUGUGCUGUGAGUGGAGUGCGUUUAGUUGGGAACGAAAAAUAUUAUAUUUUUCAUGAAGUUUAUGGUCUGAUUCUAUGGAGCUAUUUAAAAAAUCAUCGUCGUUUUCAAAGUUCAAAUGUGAAAUGUUAGUGUGUUAAUCGAAAAACAUGUAUUUUGUUUUACUGUUGUUAGAAUAAAAAAAUAUUUUGACUUAAGCAUUGACUACAGUCAUUACAUCUGUUUGAACAAAAGGUUUAAUAGUUGAGACAAAAUUUUAUUAUUGAGUGUUUUUUCUCGUCUAUUUUCUUGGCCAUACUGAUGUCAAUCUUUAGUACAAACGAACAAUUUCUUGAAUCAUAUGUUUAAACGCUUCCAAAAUAACCAUUCAGCUCCAUAGCUUCUCAUCGUCACUUCAUAUAUCUCUAAAAGACAAAAGUAUUAAAACGCAUUAGAUUUUAUAUAAAGAAAUUGAAAUUUCUAAAUUUUUUUAGAACAAUUGAACGCACCUUUAAACGAUUGAUGAAUCUAACUGUAAGUUAAAUUUUGUAAUAUAUAGUUGAUAAAUUUGUAGUUAAAAACAAAAUAUAUUAUAAAUGAAUAUAAUUUUCCAAGGAAUUCAUUAAUUAAGAGCAAUUGCAACUCAAAUAGAAUCGUUUGAUUUUACUAACAGUGAUUUGACUCGUAAUAAGAAUUGCCAUUUUUCUACAGAAUGUUUUAAAAUUGCUUGACGGAAAUAACAAGAGACUGUAUUCGACAGCUGUAUGAACUAUUCAUCAUUAAAAUAUAUAGAUAAAUCUAUUGACA